GGGUUCUGGGAAGCGUAGUUUCAGCCCGUGCGCGGCCGAACUACAGCUCCCAGGGCCGCGGAAAGCGAGCAGGAGGGAAGUGGGGCGCGCAGGCUUCCUGGGGAAGGGAAGGCGAGGCGAGACGGGGCCCCCGGCUGGACUCGGCGCCGCAGCGUCCGGGUGCCUUCUCCCUGCGCCGCUCGGCCGGCUGCACCGCGCUGCACGCGAAGGGCGCCGAGGGCGAGCGCGCCGGCAGACGCCGAGACAUGAACGUGGUGCUGGCUGUCAAGCAGUACAUCUCCAAGAUGAUCGAGGACACCGGGGCUGGCAUGAAAGUCCUGCUGAUGGACAAAGAGACGACCGGCAUCGUGAGCAUGGUGUACUCACAGUCUGAGAUCCUGCAGAAGGAGGUCUACCUCUUCGAGCGCAUCGACUCGACCAGCCGGGAGACCAUGAAGCACCUGAAGGCCAUCUGCUUCCUGCGGCCCACCAAGGAAAACGUGGAAUACCUCAUUCAAGAGCUGCGGAGGCCUAAAUACAGCACCUACUUUAUUUAUUUUAGCAACGUGAUCAGCAAGAGCGACGUCAAGUCACUGGCAGAAGCGGACGAGCAGGAAGUGGUCGCCGAAGUUCAGGAAUUCUAUGGGGACUACAUCGCUGCGAAUCCACAUGUGUUUUCUUUCAACAUCCCAGUCUGCUGCCAGGGCCGCAGCUGGGACCCUGCGCAGCUCUCCCGGACCACCCAGGGGCUGACCGCCUUGCUCCUGUCCUUGAAGAAGUGCCCCAUGAUCCGCUACCAGCUUUCCUCGGACUUGGCCAAGCGGCUCGCAGAAUGCAUCAAGCAAGUGAUCACCAAGGAGUAUGAGCUGUUCGACUUCCGGAGGACCGAAGUCCCGCCACUGCUGCUGCUGCUGGACCGCUCUGAUGACGCCAUCACGCCGCUCCUGAACCAGUGGACGUACCAGGCCAUGGUCCACGAGCUGCUUGGCGUCCAUAACAACCGGAUUGACCUCUCCCGAGUCCCAGGCAUCAGCAAGGACCUCCGGGAGGUGGUUCUGUCGGCCGAGAACGACGAGUUCUACGCCAAUAACAUGUAUCUGAACUUUGCGGAAAUUGGCAGCAACAUCAAAAACCUCAUGGAAGACUUCCAGCGGAAGAAACCCAAAGAGCAGCAGAGGCUGGAGUCGAUUGCAGACAUGAAGGCCUUUGUGGAGAACUACCCGCAGUUCAAGAAGAUGUCUGGCACGGUCUCCAAGCACGUGACGGUCGUGGGCGAGCUUUCGCGGCUGGUGAGCGAGAGGAACCUGCUGGAGGUGUCGGAGGUUGAGCAGGAGCUGGCUUGCCAGAACGACCACUCCAGCGCUCUGCAGAACGUCCGGCGGCUGCUGCAGAACCCCAAAGUGACGGAGCUCGACGCCGUCCGGCUGGUGAUGCUGUACGCGCUUCACUACGAGCGGCACAGCAGCAACAGCCUGCAGGGCCUCAUGGCGGACCUGAAGUCCCGAGGGGUGUCGGAAAGGCACCGCAAGCUGGUUCCUGCUGUCGUGGAGUACGGAGGAAAACGGGUUCGCGGGAGCGACCUCUUCAGUUCCAAGGAUGCUGUGGCCAUCACCAAGCAGUUCCUCAAAGGCCUGAAGGGGGUCGAGAACGUCUACACGCAGCACCAGCCUUUGCUGCACGAGACCCUGGACCUGCUCGUCAAGGGCAAGCUGAAGGACAGCCAGUAUCCCUACCUGGGGCCCAGCAUCCUCCGGGACAGGCCACAGGACAUCAUCGUGUUCAUAAUCGGAGGGGCGACCUAUGAGGAGGCGCUGACGGUUUACAACCUGAACCGGACCACCCCCGGCGUCCGGAUCGUGCUGGGUGGGACCAUUAUCCACAACACGAGGAGCUUCCUCGAAGAGGUUUCUGCUGCCGGGUUCCGCGGACGGAGCGUGGAGAGCUCCCAGGGCGCAGCGAGGCCGGUGGCCCGGCGGCUGAACUGAGCGCGUGUCCCCGGCACGUCCCCCUGGCCACUUGGGCGACGUGGGCCCCCCCCCCCAAGGCACGUCGUCGCCAACACGUGGAAGCUCGGAGCCGCGUGGAGGACCAAGGGGCAGCUUCUGUGUCACCGAACGAGGAGUGAGCAGAGGGGUCUCUGAAGCCAUAUUUACCAGCCCCGACUGAGACUUUGAAAAGAAGGACACCCGCCUCAUCCUUUUCCUUCAGCCCACGUGACGCCCGGCCGUUCUCUUCCUCGGGGUUGUCCCACCGGCUCCGUCUCCAGGUCUGCUUCUGGCCUGCCGCCACCCCGUCCAGUCGGUCCCCUUCCUUGGCAGGAAAGCCACGUGCAUUCCAGUAUCCCAAUAAAAGAGCCGCGUGAGCUCGUGGCAGGCA